CUUUGAUCCCUGCGGGAAAGGGAAAGAAGACGGGCACGGAGAGGGGCCGCGCGGCAGGGUUUGGGCUGGAAGCGCCGGCCGGAGGGUAUGCUAUGACAGGAUAUAAAUUGCUUCUUGGUGCUUUUAGAAAUCUAAAUGUCUGGCUUGGACUCCUGGCCAAAUCUCCUCACAAACUCAGCUCUCCCUGGAGGACCUUUCUUUGUGCUGCAAGCCAAUAUCCCAGAACAGCAAUUCUCCCCAAACAUUUCUGUGUUUCUCCCAUUCAGCAUCAUGCAUUUUUAAUACCGUGGUCAAAAAGUGUCACAGGGAUUUCGGUCCGACACAAAAGUAACAAAAACUCACAUAAAAAAGAUGUGAAACGAACUAUGGAAGAAGACUUGGCGGAGGAAGACACUGAUGAAGAGAUAACUGAUUCAGAAGAUGAGUUUGAAGAUGAUCCCAGCCUAGUGAAGAAUUACAAAGAUCUUGAGAAAGUAGUACAGUCUUUCCGAUUCGAUGUAAUCUUGAAAUCUGGUUUAGAUAUUGCAAGAAACAAAGUGGAAGAUGCAUUCUACAAUGGUGAGCUUAGACUGAAUGGAGAAAAAUUGUGGAAGAAAAGUAGAUCG